AUGUUGGACCCUAAUUUUUUUCUGUGGGAUGUGGGAUACCCGCUAUAUAAGUAUGGAUCUAUCUUCAUUAUUGCAUUAAUUAUUUGGCAUGUGAAAAGGAGCUACCAGGGAUUAAGGUUGGGACCUGCCAAGAGCUGUUACAAGUGUUAUCGAAGAAUCAAGCACGGGACUAGAGAUAGAACACCAAAAGCUAAGAGAACGUCCAAGGAAGAAACGGAGAAACUGCAGAAGCUGCUCACUAUCAUGAAAAGCCAGGGCUGGCUUCCUCAGGAAGGAAGUGUCCGGCGGCUCCUGUGCUCAGACCCUUCCUGCGCCAUCUGCAAUGCGAUGGCUCUGGAAAUUCAGCAGUUGCUGGGGUAUGAGAACAAAGAGACCUGUCUGACUACGCUGAGACAAUCACAGACCUUUUCUAGCCUGGAGGCAUUGGCUUCAUCGAAAGUGUUGUUUGACAAGAGUUCCCAAGACUCCAGAGACAUUUCACUGGCUUCCAGCCUCACACCAUCACCGGUAACAGAUCAAAAAUCUUCAACUCAGUCAGCUGCCCCAUCAACCGGUGAUGCCAGCUUCCGAUAUUACCGCGGUGAUCAUGGGCAAAAGCAGGAAGCCCAGGGUGCAGGCUCUCUGUCUUCCUCAAGUGUGGAAGAACCCGGGGCUCCCGCAAACCAGCAGAAGAAGAAAAUCACUAAGCUUGUCUUGAAGAAUGAAGAGCCCCCAGAAGCUGAAGGGGAAAAUAAGAUGACGUUCUUUUCCCACUGGGUUAACCCUGAAGUUAACUGUGAACAGCUGGAGGAACCCAUUGUCCUGUGUAAGUCUGAAACAGAGGCCAAACCCAAGACUGCAGAGCCCCAAAAGAACCCGACUCCUGUCAGAGACCACACGGGAGCCAGCAUGAAGUCAACUACAGAAGACCGGAAGGCCAAGCCUCUCUGUGCCAAGAAUUAG